GUUUGAAAAUGCCUCGUGCAAAACCAAUCUCACAAAACGUUCUAUUUUAUUACGGGGAGUGGACUCGUUCUGUUGAGUCACUUGUUUUAGGAAAAUUGGAGUACAAACGCUGGGAGGGUGUUUGGAUACCAGGCCCUUCUUCACACAAUAUGCAUCUCUUAUUUGGAGUCAAAAUGGAGAUGCGAGACCACUUGCAUAUCGACAUCUCUCUUGAGGACUACCAUAUGAAAGUGCAAGAAUGGGAAGAUCGAUAUCAUCAAUUCAUUUGGUUGAUUAAUCAACCAAAUUUUGUUUAUGAUACUGCGAAAAAUGUGGUCAAUGCUUCAAAGGAAACUUGGGAUUCAAUAGCUGAGCUUCGUCCCGAAAUGUGUGUGUAUAUGAAAGAAGGUGAGUUCAACUAUGCACGACUAACGACACUAUUUAAAGAAAUUCCUGAAAACAGUGCAAGUCGAAUUCAACUUCCACAGCCGACGAACUCCGGGGGAAGUGUUUUCAGCGAAGUGGUGGAUAAGCCUAACUUAGACGGUAAAAAAACACCCAUUAAAAGUUUAUCGAGUUACUCUCGUGAAUUCUAGAUUAAAAGUAACGACGAAUUUUAUGGCACAUGUUUUAUUUUCCUUUUAUUCCGUAUUUUCAACUAUGCACGAGUAAUGACACUAUUUAAAGAAAUUCCUGAAAACAGUGAAAGUCGAAUUCAACUUCCACAGCCGACGAAAACCGGGGGAAGUUUUUUUAGCGCAAUGGUGGAUAAGCCUAACU